CGGCCUCAUCGCCGGCCAUCAACGAGCUGGCCGUGGCCGCCUACCAGGACGAGAACUUCGUGGUGUCAGCGCUCUUCUGCGCCGCCGAGGAGGGCAACAUCGCCGGCAUCAAGGAACUCUUUUCCAUGGCCAAGAUCGACCCCAACGUCUCCAACAAGCACGGUGAGACUGCACUUCACGUGGCGGCCGGCCUGGGUCAGCUGGAGGUGGUGCGGGUGCUGCGCGCCAAAGGAGCCAACUUAAACCAGACGGACGGCAACGGUGACAACUCGGCCUUCUGGGCGGCCCGGCAUAGCCACUCGGCCGUGCUCAAUUACCUCAUCCGGGAGGGCGUGCACGUCAACAACAGGAACAAGAGCGGCGAGACACCCCUGCACGUGGCGGCCCGGUAUGGUCACACAGCUGUGGUCCAGCUGCUCUGCGAGGCGCACACCAACCUCGACAUACAGGACGACCAUGCGGAGACGGCGCUGCACAUGGCCGUGUGGCAUGGCUUCCCCGUCAUCGCCAGCCUUCUCUGUCUGGCCGGAGCCAAUCCAACGUCGUCAACCACGAGCCCCGGUGACCGGCUGUGA